ACCAGGAAACCAAUCAAGGCUUUGCACCAAGCAGAAGAAGAGACACAGAGGAGGUGACAUCAAGACAGAGAGUGAGAGAAGAAAGACAGAGAGCAGCAGCAGUUGAGGCCGUGAGAGAGAGCAGGUUUCCUGUGCUUGAAAUGAUGGCGGCAGCAGGUCCAGGAGCCUCAAGUUCUGAGCCCCCGAUGAGAGAAGACCGAUGGCUGGUGGAUAAGGCCCUCAGAAGACUGGCCAAGCUCCAUGAGCUGUGCACAAACCCCCGCCUGGGCCUGAGGAACAGUCCACCAUACCUGCCAGACCUGGUAUCUGAGACCACAGCGCUGCUCCUGCAGGUUUGGGAGCCCUACAGAGGAUCUAAGGCUGCAGGAGGACACGUGCCCCGUGGGGACGAGGCUGUCUACCUGAGAGUCCACGUCAGGAACCUGCGGGAUAAGACAGACAGAGCUGUGCUGCUGUUUAAAGAGGGACGGGAGAAGAUAUUUGAGGAGACAUCAAACUGCAGGAGAAACCUGACCAAACUGUCUUUGCUGUUCAGUCACAUGCUCUGGGAGAUGAAGGCCAUGUUCCCUGAUGGAUCUUUUCAGGGCGACACCUACAAGUUGACGUCAAAAGAGGCUAAGAAGUUUUGGUGGAAAUUGUUUGGCAACAAGUGCAUAGUCCAGUGGAAUAGUUUUAAACAGCAGCUUCAGCGUGUCCAUGCGUUUGAGGAAGGGAUGGAGUCCAUGGCCCUGAAAUCGACCAUCGAUCUCACCUGUAAUGACCACAUAUCUGUGUUUGAGUUUGAUGUCUUCACCAGACUCUUUCAGCCCUGGAGGUCACUUUUAAGGAACUGGAACCAGUUAGCAGUAACCCAUCCAGGCUACAUGGCCUUCCUCACCUAUGACCAGGUCGUAGCUCGUCUGCAAAACUACCUGCAUCGACCAGGAAGCUACAUCUUCCGACUAAGCUGCACACGCAUGGGUCAGUGGGCUAUAGGUCAUGUGACCACUGAUGGUGACAUCAUCCAGACCAUCCCUGAAAAUACACCUCUCUACGUGGCACUCAUUGAAGGCUUCAGUGAGGGCAGCUACCUGUACCCAGAUGGCCGUGAUGUGAACCCCGACCUGACGAGCUUGUGUGAACCAUCCCAGAGGGGAAAGGUCAGAGUUACCGAAGAGCAGUAUGAGAUCUACUGUGAGAUCGGCAGCACUUUCCAGCAGUGUAAGAUCUGUGCAGAGAGGGAUAAGGACACUCGGAUCCAACCUUGUGGGCAUCUCCUGUGCCAACCCUGCCUCACAGGCUGGCAGCAGAAGUCAUCUGGCAACACGUGCCCGUACUGUCGCUGUGACAUCAAAGGGACGGAGUCCAUACUCAUUGAGCCCUACCCGUCAGGCAGCGGUCACUGGGAGGAAGAGGAGGGGGAGAAUGUAGACGAGGAUGAUCAUGAAGACAUUGAACUUGUGCUGAAGGAAAUGGCUGCCUUGAAGUUCUCGAGUUUGGAUUACCAGGUGCCCAGCUCCCACCUCUGCAUGCCACCUCUGCCCCCUAAAAACAGCACAAGCUCUUCAAGUCCUGCCAACCAACCGCAGACGAAAGAAAGCAAGACGGUGGACAAACACUCCAGUUCAGCUCACGGCGUCAAAGAAGGACGUAGGAACUUGAGUAGGCAUCAGAUAGAGGCAUCACACAGCAGUGAGGAGGAAGAUGACACUCGUGGGCUGAGGGUGCCUUUGUCAAACACACUCUCUCACAGUGCUGAAUACCUGCCAGAAGCAAAGUUACCUUCUUCAUCCCAGCAAGGUGCUGACAGUGGCUUCACACUCUCGCACCCAGCCAACGAAAGAAGAAGACACAAAGGCAAGGGUGAAAGGAGAGCUGGUCCCAGAAAAGACAGACUAAGUCUGGGUGAGAUAACGAGAACAAUGUCAUCGUGACAAAAAAAGAAAAAAAAAGACUCUUUAAAUGAAAAGAAAGAUAGAUGUGAGGAGAUACUGUAUGCUGUUGCAAGAAUUCUGCCCUAAAAUGGUUUGGGCCGUCAUAUUGAUAUUGAUAUUGGGACAGUGUGGGUGAGACAGAAAUCUUGACCACUGAGGCCCGCUACUGUUUAAUAAUCACACUGCCAUUCUCUCCACGUUACAUCAACCACUCAUUAUUAAAUUAAAGCUGCAUUCCUUUUACAGUGUGAGGUUGCUCCAAGAAAUUCCGACUACAUAUGGAACGCACUUUCUUCUCCUUCCCUCAGUUACACAAAUCAAUGAAAUAAAUCACACACCUUGGUCUGCUACCUCAUCAUUUCAUGUUGUUCUCUUAUUGUAUUGAGAUUAUCAUAUUCCAUAUGUGGCUCAUGUUUGUAUUCCAUAUGUGUGGCUUAUUUCCUAACACAUAUACAGUAGAAUAGACACAUAUGGCUGGAUGGAGGCAUAGUCUCUACUUUGAGAAAAAUAAUAACCUACUGUUGUUGUAUGUAUGCGUAGGUAAAUAAAGUCCUAAAUAUCAAUUCAAAACCAAACUAUUUUGUAACUGA